UUACUAUAUUUCGUAUAAUUUGUAAAGGUAACUGAAUCUUAUUUCUCUGCCAAACAGUACUCCUGCGAUGUGAAUCCUUUCCUCAGAAUGCAACAAUUGCCGCACCGACCUCUGGGACAGGUGACUGGGAGCCUCAAAUGAAAGAAAGAAUAGUAAAUCGUACACUGCAACGAGACGUACUGUUUUGGACUGUAUCUAAGGGAACCCCAGAGCUGCUGGAAGCUCUUUCGACUCUCUUUUCAGAAGCCUUGAAAUCUCGUCUUUCCAUCAACUUCCCAGGGAGAGCAUCGCUGGCCGAGCCUGAUCCACGGAGUCCGCCACCCUUGACACUCAAACAAAUUAUAGCUGGUGUACAAUCUGCUCCAGAAGUUAUUGCUGAGACAAUGGAAUAUGCAAUCUGGAUUGCGGGAGAGGGAUAUAUUGAUACUGCGAACAUAGUUAUUGAGGCUUUAUGCGUCCACUACCCUAACGACUUCCCAAAGCAAAGGACGCCUUGCGCAUGGGGGUUUGAAUUCCUUUGGCACAAGUCUAGACGUCGACCAGCUUAUAUCGAGCCGUUCUGGGGUGCACCACCUGAUGACGCCACGCUUUGGGCUGCAUAUAGCGAUAUUCAACAACCCUAUCCACAGACAAAUGUCGAGAAAGCGCGCGCACUGGUAGUCGCUGAUGCCAAGAUCCUGGUAGGAAAUCUGAAUUUCCACACGUAUAAUGUGAACAUUUGCGCCGAGGUCGCGUUAGAGAUGGGUAUGAAAGCGAAGGCUGAGGAUUAUUUUGAUCAUAGCAUCCGUCUAUUGCAAGCCGAAGGGAAUCCUGUAUCACUCUGGACAGAAUUGAUGCGGUCAUUUCCUUUGGCAGACAUGAUUCUUUUAGGACGUGCUAGGAAGAUCACUGGUACUACUCCAGAGGAAGCUAUACAAAGAGCCAAAACCAUUGUUCAAGAAAUUGAACAGUGGCGGUCUACACACGCUAAACGUGUCGCUGCAGCAAGGGACCGCAGAGCUCAUCUUCGCGCCUUGCCUCUGAAAGAUCUCCUCAAUCAAAUCGGAAAAGAUCUCCGCAAGGACCCCGCCUCCCAGAGUGACAUAGAAGCGGCCGAAGAACGUCUCAAGAUCACCUUGCCUGCGAGUUAUACCGAAUUUCUCCUUUUUUCUAAUGGAAUGGACUUCAUACCUAGUAUCAACAUGCCAGGGCUACGAUCUGUGACAGAGCUGAAAUGGGAAUCUGCAGAGGAUCUGGGACUGGACGAACUUCCUGUGGAUUUAGGAUUAGCUACACCUAGUUUGGAGGAUUUGGCUAUAGAAGUACCGAAGCUUGGUCGUGUCCUGAUGAUUUCACAGGAGGCGGAUGAUGAAUAUCUGUGGCUCCUUGAGCCAUCGCAGGUCGAAAAUGCAUGGAAUGUGCUGCGACAGGAUGGGGUGAAGGCCAGCGGAUGGAGAGUCGCAUUGUGGCGCGAUUGGCAGGUCAAUAUUGGGUGGUAUGAAGAUUUCCGGGAUUACCUUGCAUCAGUUGCGCAAAGGCGUUGAGAUGCUUGGUGUGCUCGAAGCUCGAAAAACCCCGGGCUCGGCCAGUUUGUUGAAUGUGUGCAUGGAAAGAACGUUAUCUAAACAAGUGGUGUUUCGACUUUGCGCUCAGCGCUCAGAAGGGAACAAAGAUCCUUCUCAGAAGGAUCGAUGACAUAAAGAACAGCGAAGCUUGAGAAGAACUACGUAUUGCCAGCCUCAGAACAAAAUGCUCUUGCGCAAGUUUGUAAAUACCGUGCAUUUCUCAUCUGAAAGAUGAAAAGGAAACAAGAAAAAUGGAUUGCAGUGGCUGAAGAACACAUAUAUAAUCUGAUAUCAAUCGAUCGCCCAUCCGACAGCAUCAAUCAA